AUGCCUGCUUCAUCAGCUGUCAAGACUGCCGCCGCCCUGGCGGUGGUGGGCUCUGUCUCAGCGGCUCAGAUGUUGGCUCCCAUCAACGACAUCAACCUCCCAGCAAGCGAGACAGCCUCCGAGCCCCUCAAAUGGCUGGGCGCCAACAGCCCGUGGUUCGCUGGGCCCAAUGUGUACAACAUCUCUUCCGAGGUCCCAGAGAACUGCUAUGUUGACCAGGCUGCAUAUGUCUCACGCCAUGGCUCCCGCUUCCCCGAUACUGGCGCAUACGCCGGAUGGGUCGACAUGCAGCAGCGCUUCUCGUCCGGCAACUAUACUCCAAGCGGCAGCCUAUCGUUCAUGAAGGAGUGGCGGACCGUGUUGACCAACCCUGCACUUCAGAUCGCCAUGGAGUCGCCGACCGGUGCGAAGGAGGCACAAGACAUGGGUUACACACUCCGCACGAGAUAUCCGCAGCUCUACAACGAGGGCGACGACUUCUAUGUCUGGGCGAACAACUACACCAGAGUGCUCCAGACCGCCCAAAUGUUCGUCCAGGGCUAUCUCGGCUUCACAUCCAGCACCUAUGGCAAGGUCAUCUCGGUGACAUCCAAGGGAUACACCGGCAACAUUGGCAAUUCGCUCGGGCCGUCGGACCAGUGCCCCAACUUCGAGGACGACGAAGGCGGUGACUACGCCGCAGAAUGGGCAGGCGUGUACAUCCCGCCCAUCAAGGAACGCCUGCAGGGCCUGAUCGAGGGCAACUUCACGUUCAAGGACAACGACAUCUCGCAGAUCCCCUACCUCUGCGGGUUCGAGAGCCAGAUCACAGGCCGACUGUCCCCGUGGUGCGGCGUCUUCACCGACGAGGAGCUGCAGCAGUACGAGUACGCCAACGACCUCCGAUACUACUACGGCGUCGGUCCGGGCACCGAACUCCAGCAGACCAUGAUGCUGCCCUACCUCAACGCCCUGAUCGGACUGCUCGAACAGGGGCCCGGCAUCAACGGCACCGCCCAGGACGGAGGAAGCUUCACGCUCCCGAGCCUGCUGGCGACGUUCCUCAACGAUGGGCAGCUCAACGAGCUGGUCGCAUCCAGUGGCGUGUUCGACGACGAGCCCGCCCUAUCCGGGUCGGAGAUGAACCCAGACCGCCUCUUCGUCGCCUCCCAUUACACCUCCAUGCGAGGCACGGUCGCUUUCGAGAGGCUGAACUGCCUCGCCGGCAGCAGCAUGUACGGGAAUAACACCUCAUCAAAUGCGACCUACGUCCGCAUCAGGCUUAACGACGCCGUAUACACCCUGCCGUCUUGCCAGGACGGCCCUGGCGGGUCGUGCCUCCUGAGUGAUUAUGCCCAGUACGUCUCGGAUAAGCUCGAGGCGGCGGGCAGCUUUGUGGAAAACUGCAAUGUCACUGUUCCUGAUGCGCCCACCACGGUGCAGGGCGCAAGUUUCUACACGGACCUGACGAGCCCUUGGUUGCGGGAGCUGAACCCUGGCAAUGUGGUCCUGUCGAAUGCUUAG